CACACAUGCGGGCCGACGGUGCGGCGCACACAUCACCUGGCGCGCUUUAUUGGUCUGCAAACACCGGUGUCGGAGUAGCGCGUUCACGUCCCCGGCGAUAUUCCAUAUUAUAAUAUUGUUGUUGUUUUCAUAACAACAUUCAUCGUUGUUGUGGUGUUUGUCGUCGUCGUCCGUUGUUGUUGUUGUUGUUGUUGUUGUUCGUCGCGCAGUGUUUUUAAAGACUUGUAUAGUGCCGGCCGACAAAUCGUACGGACCGCUUUUCGGCGGAUACCGAGUGAUCCCGGUGGUCUAGCGGUCAAGUCUGACGACGAAGAUGAUCAAUUCUUCCAUCGGUUCUGUUGGGACCAACUCAGAAAGCACGACCGAGAACUAAUACCCAGAGUGAGGCUCAAGACUCCAUACAGGACACCGCCGUUGCUGACCAUUAGUCGCAUGUUAAAAGAAUUGGAAAACGAAAGCAAGAAAAAAACCAUGGACACACCUUCCAGGUCUAAGGCAAGAUCGGCGUCGUCGUCGGCGGUAUUAAAACCUAAACCCCGGCAGUACAUCCCAAACGAGAACGCUCCGGCAGCCAAACGUUUCAAUCGAGUUGGACAAGCAAACAGAUGCACGAGCCGGUACGAAAUUUAUAACUCUACGACAAGACCGUUCGGGAAACGUUACAGGGAAAUGGUAAGGUCGGACGAGAGCAACAAUCGAGAAUCAGCAGCUGAUGCCAGUGAAAGCAGCACCGAAUCGAGUCAAAGUGCAUACGCCACAUGUUGUUCGGAAGUGGAAACGUUGCAAAUCACCGGAUUCCAGUGCAUAGACGAGAACGCCACGACACACCAAGUUACCUUACAAACCACUGUGGGCGAAACGGUCACGGAGGCCAGAAAUUAUGAUGUCCAAACCAAAGAUGAUGACGAUGACGACGGGGAGAGCUUUAAGUCGCCAGAAAUCGUCAAAAGAGUCAUGCAGAACCGCCUCAUGUACAACAUGCCCAAAUCGUCCAACUGGAACACUUACCGCGAAGAACAAUUGACGUACGAGCCCGGAAACCCGGAAGUCCGCCGGGAAGUCGUGGUAAGGUCUAGAAGUCUGUUUAACUUACAAGACGAGCCGGUUGAUGGAAUCCCGCCGAACAAACCGCCGCCGCAGUGUUUGUUGUCAAAAGCCACUUCGGAAAAUCACUUGUUCGACGACAAACGAGACAAUCGUCGUCAGAAACCGAUCGUGGUGGACGCGACUCCGUCCAAGAGAUACAGCAGCGCUAUAAAUUUGACACUAGGCAGAGAAACCGCAAAGGCGCGCAAUAAUGUCAAAUACAAAUCGCAGUCGGAUUUGUGCGGUUCUAUCUUGGGCGGAGAACCUCCUAAGGCGCCGUUGGAGAGGCCGAAAUCGGUGGACUUCCUCGCGGCCAAAGAAAACAACAAAUCUCACACGGAAACGUUGAAAAAACACUUCUACUACCAUCCGUUGAAACCGAACAAAAAGCUCAACGACAACGAGCUGCCGGACCCGGACAAGGUGCAGAGUACCAGGCAGCUGUUCCAGAAAGAAUUGAAAAUCCCUCUUCCCCCCAGUCUGAACAAUCAAAACCCCAAGACGGCACCGAGACCCACGCAAGAAGUCCGCCUUGUGCCCGCCGACUGCUCGAGUCCAAAACCGAAACUCCAAAAGUGCGUGUCUGUAGACAUGGGAACCAGUGUGCACAACAGAUGGACGGACACCGGAAGCGUUUCUUCCGGUGUGGGCAGUGAAGCCAGUUUCGACACCGAAUCGUCGUCCGAGAACCACACCAGAGGCGACCGGUACAGUAGCGACGACGAGGACUAUUCGGCAGCCGACAAAACCACCACCACCUUGGAGUUGGUGGGCAGACCCGUAUCCGCGGAAAUCCUCAACAAAAUCCGGAAAUUCGGCACCAGCAUCACGUACUACGGCGGCAAAGUGAUAUCCAGUAGCCGGGGGGCCGUGUGCAGUCCGAUGACCAUGACCAUCAUGGACGAGAUCAGACAUCAGAAAGAGGAGAACGUUAAACUCAGGUUGGUCAAGAGCAACAGUUGCGGCAGUAGAAUGGAGCUGAUGGAAGAAAUAAAGCGUGGCGAAAAACAAGUGGAAGCCAUACAGGAAGAAGAGGAAGACGACCGGGACGCGUCCGGUCCCAGGGGUGCUGCUGCUGCUGCUGACCAGGAUGGAUGCUGCUCUAAGCUCAGCAGUUCUUCUUCUGACGAAUUGUCGUGGAAAGCGUUGAUAGUGAUCAGGAAGAAAAUCAGCACCGUGCCAGUAUUCGAUAUGGAAUUCGAAGAGUUCCAAGUGUUGGACGAGAACAAUACAAAUAGACAAUAAUUAUUACCUAUGUUCGUCUUCUUAUGUUAACAAAUUUAUUAUUUUAAAGGAAAUUGAUUUUCCGUUCACCAUAUUAUACAAACAAAACAAUUUAACGUUAGUAUUGAGACGCCAAUAUUUAUUAUAUAAUAAUGUUAUGCAUAUGCACGUUAUCUUUUUAAUCGUAUCGUGUAUGAAACUAAAAGUUAUACAUUGUUAAAUAUA